UUUGGAUUGAUUUGGCGUUGCGAAAUUAAAUCUCAAAAUUAGUAAUCAUGGCACAAAGGACACCUCAUCGUAAUUCCAUGGACACAAUUCUUACAUUCGACAAUAGAGACAAUCAAAGCGAGUGGUCGGUGGAAUGGUCGACAUCGAACGUGCCGGGCAUGGACAUGGCGGCAGGCACGGCGCCGCGGCGCGACCGCGGGCGGCGGCGCCUGCGGCUCAGCGCGCUUGCGCUCUCCUCCUGCCUCACCAUGCACUGUCGGGUCGUAGGACCCGCGCUCACCACCGGCCUCUUGUACUACCUGUUCUUGGUUGCGGCGGUCGUGGUCCUAGCCAACCCGCUGCGGCACUUUGAGGUGUAUCUCGGCCAGUGGAGCAUCAGCGGCCCGGGGCGCGCCUUCCGCGUUAUUCCUAUGCUUGAUGGUAUUGGCCUGGCAAUGUGCAUCACCUCUAUUGUACGUGCAAUCAACUAUUGUACCAUGGCUGCAAUAACCAUGCUUUACGUGGUUCACUCUAUGUCAGAUUCCAAACUUCCCUUCACUUAUUGCAGAAAUUGGGACUUACAACCGUACAAACCAACGAUAGAAAAUACUUCAGUCUACGCACUUUCGGGGAGGCGGUUUAUGGAGUGCAAUGAGAACAGUAAAAUAUGCAGAUACACAACCGUGGGGUUGCGCUUUCGUGCCUGGCGUGGCGGAGGAAGCUCACAAGGAAUGAAGUUCGAAUUACUAAAAUGCAACGAGACAUAUCCUGGACCAUAUCCUUUUUUUUAUAGUCCUCCUCCUUACAACUACUUUUACUUGGAACUAGUUCGGAUGCCACUGACUUAUCACUUUGGUGCCUUCAACAUACCGUUGCUUAUAUGCCUGGGCUGUAUUUGGGUGUUAAUGUGGUUUCUUAUGAUUGCCGAACGCGUGAGGCAUCGUAGGUUAGUGUGGAAUAACUUGUAUCCCUGGAUUGUGGUAGUGCCGUGGAUCUGGGUGGUGUGUCUAGCCGUGGUCGCCUCAAUGACCGUGUCGGCACCGAAGAGAGUUAUAAAGCAAAUUUUUAAACUCGGCAAAAUUGAUAUAUUCUCGGGUCUGACAGACGCCUUUGUAGUAUCACUCUAUAUUCACUCCGCUGGCACGGGCACGGAAAUCAUUCAUGGCAAAGGGCUAAACCACUAUGCGUCGGGUCACAUCGACCCGCUUCUGAACGCUGACAACGUGUGGCACUCGGGGAUCGUGCUGGCGUUGGCGGUGCUGCACGCCGCCGCGGCCACCGUCUGCGCGGUCGGCGACGUGUCACACCUCGACGUGGCCAACGUUUACGAUACACGCGAGAGUGUUAUGUGGGUGAUACCCAUGUAUUCGAAAUGUACUGCGCAGGGUAACUAUUCCCAUACAAUGUCUACCAUAAUUUUUGGUGGUUUAACUUUUUCGUAUAUAGUGGUGGCCUAUACGUUAAUCAAGACGGCAUUACACACUAUCUUUGAAUAUAAAGUAAAAUUAGUGUUCGUCGAGCAACAGGUGGUGUUGGCUAUGAUCUGUUCUUGCUUCCUUCUUAGCCUGCCGUAUGCCACUUUCGGCGGUCUAGCGCUAUUGGAGAGUGUGGACUCUCUGAUGACGGGAGUGGCGUUGCCGUCCGUGUGCCUGGUCGAGUUGGCGGCGCUCGUGUACCUGUACCGCAGCCCCGACUUUCGCUCCGACCUCAAUAUCGCCACCGAGGAGAACACCUGCAACUCUCGUAUUAGCACCUCGUGGACGUUUAUACCAUUUGUAGUGCUUGUGGUGUUAAUAGGCCAAAUUAUUUCGGUGAGUCAGACGGAGCUGCCGUCGCUCGCUAUGUACACAGCGCUGGCGCCGCUGCUGGCCGCGGCGCUGGCCGUGCCGCUGCGCGCGCUACACAACGCCAUCGUGUUCAUGCACCCUGCACCGCGCCGCGGCGUCUGA